AUGGAGGUUUCAUAUUACCUAGUGCUGGUAACCUCUUUUCUUUUCCUCAUACACAAACUCUUCAUAAGAAACAGAGUGGUCCGAAGAAACUUGCCACCAAGCCCACCUGGUCUUCCUAUAAUAGGCCAUUACCACCUUCUGAAGAGGCCAGUACACCUUACCCUCCAUGAUCUCUCCAAGAAAAAGAUUGCUGAAUACGAUUUCACCACGCUUGUGACCUGUCCAUAUGGACACCACUGGAGAAACCUUCGCCGUCUCACUGCCAUUGAAAUUUUCUCAUCAGCACGCAUCCAAGGGACUUCAAGCAUCCGUGCCGAAGAAAUCCACUUCCUGGUCAAACAACUGUUCAAGAGCUCUUUCAGGGAAGUGGAAAUUGAGUCAUUCUUUUACAUCUUGACUUUCAAUAUUAUGAUGAAGCUAGUUGCUGGACACAGGUAUUUGGAUGAUGAUGUGCAUUCGGAUAAUAAUAGAGGCAUGAUCAAUGAUCUAAAGCAGAUGUUUAAUCCAACUGUCAACCUUUCGUGGAGUGACCACUUUCCCAUCUUGAGGUGGUUGACUUUUCAAGGGGCGGAUAAGAGGAUCCUGAAAACGCAUGUGGAGAAGGAUGAUUUUCUGCAAGCUCUAGUUGAUAUGCGCCGACGUGUUGUUUCUUCUCCUUCUAUUACGGAUGGGGAGAGGAAGCGACCGAUUAUAGAUGUUAUGUUAUCGUUGCAGGAAUCAGAACCAGAUUGCUACACUGAUGAAAUCAUCAAAGGAAUAAUAAUGGUAAAACCUAGAGAAAUAUGUUUUCAUCUGCUUGAAAUGAUUUGCAUUUUCUGUAAGUAUGAACUUGUAGUGAGUUGCAUUUACGUGUUAGAGAUAUCAAUACCUACUGAAUUUGCUAGAAUAUAG